UCCAUGGACACGGAAUACCCGGGCUGUGUUUGACAGAAAGAGGAAUACAACCAGGAGACAUUUGGAUCAAAGAGGAGACAGACAGGAAGAGGAAAGUGGCCCUGAUUCCGGUCCUGGAAUGGAAAAGAAAGCGUCAUAAUGUCACACCCGAGGCUGCUGGAGGAAUGAUGGACUGUAAAGGGAACCAAGCAACUACAAACAGGGAUCUAUGGAUCAGAAAACAGGCUUUUAACCCCAUUACUGCGGAUUACAACUAAUUAUUAUUAUUAUUAUUAUUAUUAUUAUUAUUAUUAUUAUUAUAAGAUGGUGGAAGGAUGCGUCGGUUUGCAGCUUCUGUCUCAGCAUCAGGUCAGAUCUCAUCAUCCUCGACCUAUUACAAGGGAUCAGAAUAAUUCCUUGUAUCAUUUCACAUUCGAGUAAUAUUAUCAGCCCUCAUACAAGUGGCUUUCUUUGUAUAACAGGGAUAUUCCUGUUCAGAAAUGACUGCAUGGUGACAAUAAGCACAGCCAGGUCUAUGCAGGCAUCUAUGCAAUUCAUAGACAGGAUAAAUAAGGUGGAGUUGUGUGCAAGGUUGGCAGACAUCAAACAUCAUGAUCCUUCCUCGGCUUGGAUAUGGAUGGACCUGCAGCCUAGUUCCAUAAAUUGCCUGACCUGUGAACUCUUAACACUAGCUGCCCACCCAAACCAAAGAAAUUGACUUUAAAAUGGUUUCCGGUAUCAUGACUUCGACUUGAGCCUUUUAAAGCCUGUGCAGAAUGGAAACAUGCUUGUGAGUACGGCUGUCUGUAUGGACGAUGGAAGGAGAAGGUGCCGCUGUGUCUGAUCUGAGAUAGUCAUAGAGCUCAUUAAAAUAGAACUAAUUGCAUACCUCGGUUGCUUGUGGAACAAAAAUGAAUGACCGCAUUUAUGACUGCGAGGAGAGCAUGCCAAGUCCGCCUGCAGACCUGUACGACUAAUAGGAUAGAAAAGAUGCGAGAGAUACAGGCCCUGUGAUGAUGCUCGAGCAGAGGAAACCGAGAAAACGUUUUUCAUGCAUCCUUGGUGUUGGUGCAUUGAAGCAUCCAAACUACUAGAUGAUCGUUUAGAAAUUUCACUCGCCAUUCAUCAGACUUGAAACACAUGACUUCAUGCUAUUUAAUAGUCAAAUGUUUUCAGACACCUGGUUGAAAGUGCCUUUAUAGAUGCUAGUACACAGAGACUGUAAUUCUGCUAAAAUAACUUUCCAGCACGUAAGAGUAGUGCUUUGGCACUUCAUCUGAUCUAACACAUCCCUCCAGUUAAAAAGGCCUGAAUUUGGUUGAUGUGGUGUUCUGCAUGGAUUUUGUGCACGAGUUGACCGAGGUUCUCCCCCAGCUAUUGAAACCACACCGCUGACUCAGUGGGUUUGGAGAUGGACCCAAAUUCGACACUAAGCAGUAUGGGUAGUGGAGGAAAUGCCACCCCACUACCCUGCACUGGGUGUGGAGGUUCCUGUGGAGCACCACCCCCCUCCAUCGUGCUACCAAACACGAAUCAGACUCCCUGUCUCACUCAUACAGAGAAUGGCAGCAGCUGGAACUCCUCCACCCUGUCCUCCUUGGUCAGCUCCCCUGAUUCUCACAUCCACCAGCAUCACGGAGCCUCCAACCCCUACUGGACGGCUGUGUUUGACUAUGAAGCGGCGACGGAGGAGGAAUUGACGCUCAGGCGUGGGGAUCUGCUGGAGGUGCUUUCCAAGGAUUCAAAGGUGUCUGGAGAUGAGGGCUGGUGGACUGGUAAGAUCCAAGACAAGGUGGGCAUUUUCCCUAGCAACUAUGUGACGCGGAGUGACACCACGCUGCCCACUGGAGGUUUACUGGUGGGUGGUGAGAGUCCUCUGGAGAUCGACUUCUCAGAGUUGUGCUUGGAUGAGGUUAUAGGAGCAGGAGGCUUUGGGAAAGUGUAUAAAGGUGUGUGGAGGGAUGAGGAGGUGGCUGUAAAAGCGGCACGCCAGGACCCCGAUGAGGACAUCAGCGCCACGGCGGAGAGUGUGAGGCAGGAGGCACGGCUCUUUUGGAUGCUCAGGCACCCCAACAUCAUCGCGUUGAAGGGCGUCUGCUUAAAAGAGCCUAACCUUUGCCUGGUAAUGGAAUAUGCUCGUGGUGGGGCACUAAACCGGGCACUGGCGGGGAAGAAGGUUCCUCCCCGGGUCCUGGUUAACUGGGCAGUGCAGAUCGCCACUGGCAUGGACUACCUGCACAACCAGACCUUUGUGCCCGUCAUCCACAGGGAUUUGAAGUCCAGCAACAUUCUCAUUCUGGAGCCAGUGGAGAGGGAUGACCUGAGUGAUAAGACACUAAAGAUCACAGACUUUGGAUUGGCACGAGAGUGGCAUCGAACCACUAAGAUGAGUGCAGCAGGCACCUACGCCUGGAUGGCUCCAGAGGUCAUUAAGCUGUCGCUCUUCUCUAAAAGUAGUGAUGUGUGGAGUUUUGGGGUACUGCUGUGGGAGCUACUCACUGGCGAAGUGCCAUAUCGGGAGAUUGAUGCCUUGGCUGUGGCCUAUGGAGUUGCCAUGAACAAACUCACCCUCCCUAUUCCCUCCACCUGCCCUGAAGCCUUUGCUCAACUGUUGGGAGAGUGCUGGAGCCCGAACCCUCACAGUCGUCCGUCCUUUAAUAGUAUACUGAAAAGGUUGCAGGCCAUUGAGCAGUCCUCCAUGUUCCAGAUGCCACUGGAGUCUUUCCAUUCACUGCAGGAGGACUGGAGGCUAGAGAUUCAGCAGAUGUUUGAUGAGCUCAGGGCCAAAGAGAAGGAGCUGCGUUCCUGGGAGGAGGCGUUGGCUCGGGCUGCUGAGGAACAGAGGACACAGGAGGAGCUGUUGAAGAGACGUGAGCAAGAGUUAGCUGAGCGGGAAAUCGACAUCGUGGAGAGAGAACUAAACAUCAUUAUCCAUCAGAUGUACCAGGAGAAACCACACGUCAAAAAGCGCAAGGGCCACUUCAAGAAGAGCCGGCUCCUCAAACUGGGCCGCGACAGCAACUGCAUCAGCCUGCCCUCUGAUUUUGAGCAUAAGAUCACAGUGCAGGCCUCUCCCAGUGUGGAUAAGAGGAAAAGUCAGGGCAGUGAAAGCACCACUCCACCAGCCAGUCCAGGUGUUAUACCUCGCCUCAGAGCCAUCCGAUUGACCCCGAGUGAUGGGAGGAACACUUGGGGGCGUACAGCAGUGUGUAAGAAAGAAGACCUGGCAGGGACAAAAAAGAAGGGCCGUACCUGGGGUCCCAGCUCCACUCACCAGCGGGAGCGGGUUGGAGGAGAAGAGAGGUUAAAGUCACUUGGCGAGGGGAAGGUGUGGUCCUCCAGUGCUCCGAAUCUGGGCAAGUCUCCCAAACAUGUCCCUAUCACAGGAGGCUUCUCCAGUCUCAAUGAGAUGGAGGAACAGUGUGAGGUCGAGGAGCGAUUGGCUCCAGAGGGCAGUAGUAACGGGGCGACAGAGGAUGCCAGCCACACAUUGACAGGUGUAGGGCCUGGAGUAGGUUCCCAGGAUCCUUUGCGGCGCUGCAAUCAGAGGAAGAAGAGUGACAUGGUCUUGCUAGGCUGCGCCUCCAUCUUGGCCACCGUGGGCUUGGGUUCAGACCUGCUCCAGCUGGGACGGUUACAGGUGAGUCAGGAUGAACAGGAUGCACGUGAGGAGCAAAGGAAAAAGAAGGAAGGUCUGUUUCAGCGCACAGGCCGAUUCCGGCGCAGCACAUCUCCUCCAAGCCGUAGGCUGUCCCUGUCCCUGUCCCACAACCGCCAUCAUCACGAAUCUGCACUGCCCUGCCUGGACCCAUCUCCUUCUGUCACACUCCUCUCACUCUCCUCUUUUUCUGACUGCAACUCCACCAAGUCCCUGCUGCCCUCGGACCCGGACGAUCUGAUCCCAAGUCCGAGCAGCACCAUGCCCUGUCCAGCACCCGCUCUAAACCCCCUGCUGGACCUGCGAGCAGAGAGUUUCAAACGGGAGCCCAACCAGUCACUCACACCCACCCAUGUCUCUGCCACCAUGGCUGUGAACCGCGGGCACCGACGCACGCCAUCUGACGGUGCCAUCAGACCUCGUGCACAGACAGUGACAGGGCACCGACGCACGCCCUCAGAUGGCAGCAUGCCAAUUCCUCCCAUCACACCCACUAACGCAUCACACACAGGUUCUCGUGACACUCUAGAUAUCCCUCGUCUCCCAGACCCAUCCACAAUCUUUCCUGCAGUGCACCGGCGUAAACCUCCUCCUUCUCCAGAAUCCCAGACCGGAACCCUCGAGCGGCCCAAGACGUUGGAGUUUGCCCCCCGACCACGCCCCACCCCGGCCCGAGCGCGUCCAGACCCGUGGAAGUUGUCGUCACUGUCCCGAACGCUCAGCUCAUCUCCGGGGAGCAGCUGUGACAGUCCACUAGGCUCUGGGGACAGCGGGGUCAGCGCGGGAGCCACCGGUGGCCGCCAAACUCUGCUGGACAUCGACAUGGAGGGGCAGAGCCAGGACAGCACGGUGCCUCUCUGUGGGCAGCACUCACAAGCAACACUGUGUGGGCAGCACUUCUCAUAAAAUCCCAGGAAAUCGCCAUUAUAUUCCAGGGCCACCUGGUCUGCUUUACAUGGCCAGUAUAUUCCCUAGGAACAAAAGGAGCCAUGAAAGUUCUAGCUCUGUCCUGUAUAUGUCAUGGAGGCCAUUGUGGUUGGGGUCACUAUUAGACAGAUACCACGGCCAGAAACCGCGGCUUUCCUGUCACAGUGAGUGUGAAAAAAGAACUCGACAACAAAAGAAGAAAUCACCUGGAGGGCUGUGGAUUAUUUUUCAUAGCCGCUGCAGUGAACCACAGUCUCAGAGCUGGAACACUUUUAUGAGCUUCAUAAAAGUAAAGGUCAAGUCCUACUGCUUGCAUCAUUCCCCCUUUAGAUUGUUCAAUAAAACUUUUUUUUUUUUAAAUAAUAACCAGGUAAGAAGUAUGUGAUGAAUUGCAUUGGCAAAGCCAUUCCUUUGACACUGUAUUUUCUGGACAAUAAGUUGCUCAUAGUAUGAAGACAAACCUCUAUGAUGGUGUAUUAGGGCCAAAAAAACAAAACAAAAAAAACCCCAGAGCUGAAGCAAGACGUAAUAUUCUGGAAAUAUUCUCAAAGAAAAACCUCAAA